AAUAACGCAACUGGUAAUAUCGCCCAUUUACUCAAGGUACACAUCACAACCUCCCACCAGGCCAUCAGUACCAACCUCUGCUCUGCCAACAGCACUUGUUUUUCUGACAGCAGUUCAGCUCCUGAUGGAAGAACAAAACGUUGUCAGAGAGGUCCCAGCAGUCCUAAAGCGCCUGGCCAAAUAUAUAGUGCGUGGUUUCUAUGGAGUAGAGUACUCCCUGGCCCUUGAUAUACUGAUCCGCUACCCCUGCGUGAAAGAGGAUGACUUGUUACAGUUGCUCAAGUAUGAGCGUAAGCAACUGCGUGCUAUCCUUAACACACUCAAGGCAGACAAGCUUGUGAAGAUGCGUAUGCGAGUUGAAACGGGACCUAAUGGGAAGAGCACAAAGCACAAUUACUAUUACAUCAAUUACAAGGUUCUGGUGAAUGUGAUAAAAUACAAACUGGAUCACGUGCGCUGGAAAAUAGAAGCAGAUGAGCGGGAUGCAACUACCAGGUCCUCUUUUAAAUGUCCAUCUUGCUCCAGCACUUACACAGACCUGGAAGUCAAUCAGCUCUUUGAUGUAUUUACAGAGACUUUCCGCUGCACUUACUGCAACACUGAAGUAGAGGAAGAUGCCUCAGUGCUUCCUAAGCGUGAUGCUCGAACCUUGCUAGCAAAAUUCAAUGAGCAGAUGGAACCUAUCUUUGUGCUACUGCGUGAGACUGAAGAUACUGUCCUGCCAUAUGACUUGCUGGAGCCUGAGCCAACAGAAAUACCAGAAUUAUCUGGAAGCUUUGAUCAGAAGAUGGGUUCAAGUGUGCUGGAAUCAUGCAGCCGACCUGAAAAAUGGGCCAACAGAAAUAGCUCCUUUGGCAACAUAUACACCCAAAACUUAGUUAUUGAUAUGCAAGACUCUCAGACCAAGCAGAAAACAAGAGAGAAAGCAACUAAAAAGCAACCUAUCUGGAUGUCACAGAGCACGGUGGAAGGAGCAACAGCCAUCAACAGCAGUGUUGGAGUAAAUGCUUCUGAAGAAAGUGGUAAAGGAACCAACACUGAUAACGACAUCAUCAAGACUCUUCUGAUCCACGAAUCUAAGUCAUUGUCUAGCACAGAUCAAGCUUCUCUUGUCAAAAGCAAGCUACCUGAAUCAGGCAGUGAUACCAGUGAGUCUGAAGAAGAUGCUAAGCACUCUGGAAAAGCAGGAAUGAAACUAGCUGGCAGCACCUUUAACCAAAAGGAGGAACAGGAAACACAAGGUCCUAUUUUAACAGUAGCUGGUCAGCCUUAUUCAUAUGGUGAAGUUAGUGAAAAUCCAGAGCUUGUGUCUCUCAUGACAAAUGAAGAGAGAGAAGCUUAUAUAAAAGUGGGGCAAGAAAUAUUCCAGUCUGUUUUUGAGUAAAUACUGUAUGCAUAUACAAACUUGUAUAUAAAGGGUGAAGGCUUUUGUGAAAUAAGUCUAAUAGGUUAACAUAUGUUCUUCAAAGUUUAUCACUGAAGGGUUAAUUUUUGUUUGAACUCCCUGCUGUCAUGCAGACAGCAAUUCUGUAGUAGGUAACUACAGUUCAAAACACUAGCAUUGCAGCAAAAGCAACCCAAAGUUAUUAUGGGUUUUCUGUUGUUUUAAUCUUUAGACUUUGUGAAUGCUGUAAUUAGUUUUGGAGCAAGAAUCAUUUUGGGAUACAUUGGGAUCUGAUUAAAGUUUCAAAAGCAGUGUUUCAAUCUAUUGUGAAAAAAAAAAAAAAUCAGUUAUUUUGCCUUCUUCCCAGAAGUAGCAAAUACUUCCAGGAGUGAGAAUGAGUCAAAGUCCAACAUGAUUUGGUUUUACUCCAUACCAGUGCGUUCCAUUGUCUGGUUAGGUCAGUCACUGCACAACAGUAACAAAUGUGCUAUAGUGAUCUCCCUUCAAGGGAAGAACUGUUACUAAAUUGUGUUACCUACAGAAGAGGACCAGCUCUGGCCUCUUAACUUUCAUCUUAAAAACAAUUUUCUGAAGUCUUUGAUUUCAUUGCUCCACAGAACUGUCCCUAGAGCAAUGCAGUGUGCAAUGGAUACUGAACAGUAAAUAUAACAUUUAUUUUGGUCUAGAUGGGUAAGGAAGCAAGCAAUGCAUCAAGCAGAAGACACUGCUGCUUGUAUCUCAUUCACAGAUGCUCUUGUAAUCUUUUUAAGCAGGAUCUCCUAUACUGCCACUGGGGAAACACAUUCUACUUGACCUGAACUACACCUGUGUAGUGUGGUGAAAGCUAGGAAACACUACUGUGAAGGUGACAGAGCACCAGCACAGGUUGCCCAGAAAGGCUGUAGAGUCUCCUGCCUUGGAGAUACUCAAAAGCCACCUAGACACAGACCUAGGUAACUGGCUCUAAGUAGCCUGGCUUGAGCAUUGGAGUUGGAGGUUGUGACCUCCAGAGGUCCCCACAAACCUCAACCAGUCUGUGAAGAAAGGGCAGAGAGCAAGUAUGACCAAAGAAAUACCAGUCCAGUGCCUUGUUUGUACAUACUGUUCCAGGCCAAGAACUGAGGAGUGGUGUGCUAUUGCUGGAGCUUGAGAGUUUAAUGAUUUAGCAUAUAAACUAGACUGGUCUCAGCUAUACACAGAUGAUCUUGUUCUACUUUAUGAAAAUGUCCUUUUCAAUCUACACAAUGAUUCUUUAUUUCAUUUUCACAGUUUUGCCUUUGUCACAAAGUAUAUCCUUUGUCCUCUAACUUGUUUUUUUCUGCAUACAGUAUCACCAUGAGUUUAAAGCCUGCACAGUAACUAAACU